AUCGCAGCACGCAGUUUGAAAUGAGUGGCUGACGACAGCGCGUGUGUCCUCGUGCUGUCAAAACACCAAGCUCGUGUCCAUGGGAUACCAGACUCGGGCGUGGCACGUCAAUGUUGUUCUGUUGGAGAUCAGUCUGACUGUUUUGGUGUGUACCAGUCUAACAUGCUGGAAGUGUAUCGGCAAGUCAUGCACACGAGACCCAGCUAACGACUACAGAGCCAGUCGAAUCACGUGUCGAGACGGGGAACAGUGCAUGAAAGUGUAUUACAAGAUGGAGGACGUUAACGCUUCGACGACGUACGAGAGUGUGACGCGGUCGUGUUCUCUCGGCCACUGCCAACAGUUGACGACGGCGGCCUUCGACACGUGUAUACGCAGCAAGCACUACAACAUCAGCGGGUGCGCGCUGCGCAUGUGCUGCAACCACGACUUCUGCAAUACAGGUUCCUCAAUGAGAGACGUUAGCAACCUGUUGUCGGCACUGUCAUUCAUACUGUUUGUACAUGUUGUCAAAUGAUUUUCGUUUUGUUCAUUAUUCAAGAGGUGUGUGAUUGUACAGGGACCUGUGUAGAAAUCAACAUCAUCCUGAUCAAGCAGAUUUCUUUUUUAAAAUAUAUUUUUCGGGGAAGCAUGACUCGACCUCGACCCCCCUCCCCCCAUAAUCUUCACUCGUCAGUCUAGAUCCCCCCCCCCCCUACAUAAAUUCCUGCACAUGCGCCUGUUGUAUUUAUUAAUCAUCAACAGGUCUGCGUUCAGUACAAGUACAUCAUAUUUAUCGAGUGCAGUCGCUAACGAUUUGGCUUGUUCUCGCUCUGCCACACCCAUGUAACACACAGCAACAAAAGCAAUCCAGUGACAGUUAUUUGAAUGCAAGGCAGUUAGACUGUUCAUAGUUCGAUUGGAAAUAAAUGUGUUUCAUAUCCCACUAAUCCAUUUGUCCACUCCGUCUUUGAAAUCUUUGUCACUAAAUUUUAUAAAGUCAGCCUACGCUAUACCCUGUCCUGGCGAUAUUUUCGACUGGAACAAUCAUUUCGAAUAUGAUAAGCUGCUGAAUGACUUAUGCAAGUGGUGUGUUUUGAUUGGCUGAAUGAAAUGUCACGUGGACGAGGGCAACGUUGAUUCUGGUGAGAUCUACCAGCAGAAAGCUUCAGAAUGGAAGAAGGAAAGAAAUGUUUUAUUUAACGAUGCACUCAACACAUUUUAUUUACGGUUAUAUGGCGUCAGACAUAUGGUUAAGGACCACACAGAUAUUGAGAGAGGAAACCUGCUGUCGCCACUUCAUGGGCUACUCUUUCCGAUUAGCAGCAAGGGAUCUUUUAUAUGCACCAUCCCACAGACAGGGUAGUACAUACCACGGCCCUUGGUAUGCCAAUCAUGGUUCAUUGGCUGGGACGAUAAAUAGCCCAAUGGACCUACUGACGGGAAUCGAUCCCAGGCUGACCGCGCAUCAGCGAGCCAGAAUAGAGUGAAUAUUAAGUUAUGAUUUCAUUCACACAGAUCUGGUUUCUCAGUGUCUACACCUUCCACAUCUAAUGACUGUCACUGUCACUCUUGAGGUUUUCUUGACGGCAUGCAACCCAUCUCGGCCCUGCAAGCUGUGCACCAAAACGCCUGGACAUAUAGAUCGGACUUUAAACCUUUAGACCUACCUUAAAAUGUUAUGUCCAAGUUGCUAUCUGAUCCUCUCUUCUUUCUCUCAUUUAUUUUUGGACUGUCCUAAAAUGUUCCAAAUUAUAUAAAUAUUCAGCCGAACAGUCAAUUCCUUUUUAUUUUUGGCUUAACCUUUUUUAAAAAAUGAAACACUGAUAAACAGAAUUUGAAUUAAUGAAAAAGUUAGUAGAUUUUUAAGAUUUUAAAAAUCUAUUAACUUUUUUACUAAUUGCUAUUCCAAAUUCUGCCCAUUUCCCAACCCCUCACCCCCGCCCUUUCUAUACCGGACCUAGUCAGUGGCGAAGUCGAAGAUUGUGCCCUGGGAGAGACGUGCGUGAACCUUAAUUGGAUAUAGAUGUAGCCACGUUAAUAUGGUAUCCUGUUCUAUCCUAUCAGACUGCACAUUUCGACUAUACAUUUUCACUACUGAAAAUCAAUAUGUACUACAACUCGCUACAAUGGGACUUUAUUACAAAAUAAAUGUGCUCACUGUCACCAAGUAGCAGUAGUGACAUAACAGUUCAUUUAUCAAGUUCACCUCAUUUGUAAGAUAAUAUGACCAUCAUUUGCAUACAUACGUAUAUAUGAAUAAGAAGUUCGGUCUUUAUGUUGUUUGUGCCUGAUAUAAAAUCGUAGCUCACUUUUUAACUAUCCAUACCUUUGUUUAACAUCCAAUAGCCGUGUGUAUUUUUGUGCUAGGGUGUCGUUAAACAUUAAUAAAUUAAUUCAUCAUUCAUUCAUUCAUUCAUUCAUUCAUUCAUUCGUUGACCUUUAACUUGAUUUGGGGGUAUAUGGGUGGCUUUUAAUUAACACAGUACUGAUGACUUAUAACUGGCACAUUGCACUAUAAAUUCGUAAAUAUUUUGCCAUAUUCGUCAUUAGUAAGGAAGAUAUAGUAUGCUUUUAAAGUUUUAUAUGGUAUAUUAAAGUUUCGUGGUAGCGAUUUCAAACUAUUCCUCCAAUGGGGCGCUGAUGUGAUUGUGAAUUGUCAGGUAAUAAUUAGAUAGCUAUCGAUUAUGUAGAUGACUUUCUGUUUAAUGAAUUUGUUUUUGUGUCAAUAAAUGAAA